AUGGCUUCUAAUCCUCCAGGUAAGUGUUGUGUCGAAGGGUUUUAUCACGAAGGCACCCCAUCUGGUAAAACAUCUGAAUUAUAUGGUUUAGAGACAUACGUUGCUGGCCCAGAAUCAUCAAAGGAUGGUAAUGUUCUAGUUAUUCUCACUGAUGUCUACGGUAUCAAAGUUAAUAACGUUUUGUUGAUUGCUGAUCAAUUGGCCGCUAUAUCUGGUUAUAAAGUGUACGUCCCUGACUUUUUAUUUGGUGAUGAAGUCGGCAAUGACGUUGUCAUGAUGGAUGGUACAUUUGACGUGGCAGGCUGGUUGCAAAGACACAAUGUUGAAAAGACACAUGGCCUUGUUAAUGGCUUUUUAACAAGUUUGAAGAGCGAUGUCAAACCAAAUAAGAUUGGUGUUAUUGGAUACUGUUUCGGGGCCAAAUAUGCUAUCAAGCAAAUCGAUUCUGAAAGUGGUUUGGCUGAUGUUGCUGCAGUUGCACACCCAUCGUUUGUUGAUAUUAAGGAAGUCGAAGCUAUUGGUAAGAGACCACUUUUGAUAUCUGCUGCUGAGAACGAUACCAUUUUCCCUGAAGAAUUAAGACGUCAAACCGAAGAUUCAUUGAAGAAAAUGGGAGCUAAUUAUCAACUCAACAUUUUCGGUACCGUAGCACAUGGUUUUGCUUGUAGAGGUGAUUUGAGUGUUCCUCAGGUUAGAUAUGCCCAAGACAAGACAAUUGAAGAUCAAGUGUCAUUCUUCAAAUUCUACUUCAACAACGUUUAA